UCCUGCCCACACUCCUGCCUGCUGCCCUUGACUGCAGUCAUCAUGCCUCGCGGGCAGAAGAGUAAGCUCCGUGCCCGUGGGAAACGCCACCAGGCCCGUGGUGAGACUCAGAGUCUCCAGGGUGCUCAAGCCACUGCAGCAGCAGCGGAAGAGUCCCCCUCCUCUCCUGUGUCUGGGGGUACUCCUCCAAGCUCUCCUGCUGCUGGCAGUCCCCAGGAGCCUCAGGGAGCCCCAGCCACUAGCUCUCCUGAUGCAGGUGUUUCAUACCCAAGAUCUGAUGAAGGUGCCAAGAGCCAAGACGAGAAAAGUGCAAGCACCUCCCAGGCAGCACCCGCCACUGAGAGCACUCGCAAGGAUCCUCUAACCAGGAAGGCCAGCAUGUUGGUGCAGUUCCUGCUGGAGAAGUAUAAAAUGAAGGAGCCCAUCACACAGGCAGCACUGCUGAAAGUUGUCAACAAAAAGUACAAGAAGCACUUCCCUGAGAUCCUCAGGAGAGCCUCUGAGCGCUUGGAGCUGGUCUUUGGCCUUGAAUUGAAAGAAGUCGACCCCAGCAAUCACUACUAUGCCCUUGUCAGCAAGCUGGGCUUCCUUGGCGAUGGAAGUCUGAGUAGUGAUAAGGGGUUGCCCAAGACUGGUCUUCUGAUGACACUCCUGGGCGUGAUCUUCAUGAAGGGCAACCGUGCCACUGAGGAGGAGAUCUGGGAAUUCCUCAAUGUGUUGGGGGUCUAUGCUGCAAGGAGGCACCCAAUCUUUGGGGAGCCCAGGAAGCUCAUCACCAAAGAUUUUGUGCAGGAAAAGUACCUGGAGUACCGGCAGGUGCCCAACAGUGCUCCUCCACGCUAUGAGUUCCUGUGGGGUCCAAGAGCCCAUGCUGAAACCAGCAAGAUGAAAGUGCUGGAGGUUCUGGCCAAGAUUAAUGAUACGGUCCCCAGAGCCUUCCCAAACCUGUAUGAGGAGGCUUUACGAGAUGAGGAAGAGAGAGCAGGAGUGAAAGCUGCAGCAAGGGCUGCCACUAUUGCCAAGGCCAAUGCCCCUUCUAGGGCCAAGUCUUGCAGCUCCUCCCACAUCUAGUGAGGUCUGGGGCAGGGUUUUCGCUAUGGGUUUGAAGAGAGCAGUCAACCUUCUAAAUAGUUGAGAGUAG